AUGACGUCGUCUCUCUCCGUCGCCCUGCACGGGGGCGGUCGCGUGCUCAGCAUUCAGUCACAUACCGUCCAGGUGCCCCACUCAGGUGUUUCUCAGGCGCCCAUCUCAGGUGUUUCUCAGGCGCCCCUCUCAGGUGUCUCUCAGGUUCCCCUCUCAGGUGCCCAUCCCAGGUGUCUCUCCAAUGUCUCUCAGGGGUAUGUGGGCAACAAGGCGGCGGUCUUCCCCCUGCAACUGCUGGGCUUCGAUGUGGACCCCAUCAAUUCUGUGCAACUCUCCAACCACACUGGCUACCCCACGUGGAAGGGGCAGAUUCUGGAUGGAGAGCAGCUGUGGGCGCUGAUAGAGGGCCUGGAGGCCAAUGGGCUGCUCUUCUACACGCACCUGCUCACCGGCUACAUCGGGUCGCUCUCCUUCCUGAAAACUGUUCUACGGGUUGUGGAGAAGCUAAGAUCAGUCAACCCCAACCUAAUAUAUGUGUGCGAUCCAGUGAUGGGGGACGACGGUCGUCUCUACAUUCGCCCCGAGCUCGUCCCCAUCUACCGCCACCAGGUGGUCCCAGUGGCGACGCUCAUCACGCCAAACCAAUUCGAAGCAGAGCAGCUCACAGGCCUCAGCAUCCGGACUCAAGCAGACGCCAUCACUGCAUGUGACAUGCUGCACGCAGCAGGGCCCAGAAAGCAACGCUCCCAGCUGGUGAUGGCGGAGGGGAUUGGUUUUGCAUGGGCAAGGCCCUCUCUUAAACCUGCUCCAUCCCUUUCAACCGCUUUCAACCACUCCGUUCAGGUGGUGAUCACAAGCAUGGAGGUGGAUGGGCGGCUGCUGGUAGUGGGGAGUGACGCCAGCAGCCCUGCUGGAGAGGAGGUGAGUGAGGUGAGGCGGCAUGAGGGUAUCUGUCUGGUGGUGGAGGUGUGCUUUGAGUCACCAGGUGUCCAACCACUCAAUCACAUCUGCUUGGCGUGA